GCAAAUUUUACUGUAAUGAAGAAGGCUACUUCUGCUGUGCAACAUGUCACAAAAGAUACAAACGAAAACACGGUUUAUCUCAACAUCAGAGAUUGGAGUGUAACAAGCAACCACAAUUCCUGUGCAAGCUUUGCCCAAAAGCUUUCAAACAGAAAAGCAAUUUGAAGGUUCACAGCCCAGACGAAAGGAAUAAAU